AUGUUGAAAGCUGAGGAAGUAUUAACACCCAAACUUCUUACCGAUAUCUGGCAGACAGAAACAGCACCAGAUAAUUGGAAGGUUGGCCUCAUAGUAAAGCUGCCCAAGAAAGGUGACUUAGCUGACUCAAAUAACUGGAGAGGAAUGAUGUUGUUGUCAGUUACCAGCAAAGUCUUAAGCAGAGUCAUCUUAAACAGAAUGGCCUCAAUGGUAGACCCAUACCUUUGUGAAGAAAACAAGCUGGAUUCAGAAAUGGAAAAUCAUGUACAACCAGAUAUUUGCCUUGAGAUCUUCACACAUUAUGGCAUCCCUAACGAGAUCAUUUCCAUCAUUCAGAUGCUUUACAAGUACUUCCAAGCACAGGUGAUCUGCGGCACAGAACUGACAGAGAGCUUCCCAAUCCAAAAGGGGUCACUAAAAGAUCUUGACUUUGUAGAUGACAUUGCUUUACUAGCAGAGCAACAUAAGGAUAUCCAAGGCAAAACUGAUGGCCUAGUCAGGAUUGGGAGACAAAUUGGACUAAAUAUAAAUGUAAACAAAACAAACAAGAUCACAGCCAAUGGAGAUACCACCAAGGACGCUGAAAAUAGAAUAGCAAAAGCCCGUGCCACCUUUGCAAACCUACAGAACAUCUGGAAAUCUUCGAAUUCAAUCAUCAGAACCAAAACCAAAAUAAGAAUAUUCAAAACAAAUAUUAUUGGAGUCCUCAAGAGAUCUGACUCCUGGAAGGUGACAAACAACAUCACUCAAAAACUAGAUAUCUUCCAACAAGAUGCCUCCGUAGAAUACUCAAGAUAUUCUGGCCGAACAAGAUCAGCAAUGAGGAGAUGUAUGAAAGAACAAAAAUAG